CCACGAGAUAUCCUUCUGUUUGUACUCCCAUUGUCUCUUUCCAAUAUUCCCCUCCAAUCACCUCCUACCACUGCCAAUUCCCCCUCUCCUUUGCCUGUGCGAGUGAAGCUUGUGCAACUAAAAAAGAAGACCCUUCACCGAGUCGUCCUUUUCCAUCUCUUUUCCAAAUUCAAUCCACCUCAGCAUUUCCUUUUUUUUUGUCAUUUCCUUCCACUACACUACUACCCCUCUUCCUCCUUCCUCCUUCCCCUUCCCCGUCGACUUGUUCACACAAUGUCUCUCGCACGUUCUCAUGCACGCAAGAUGAAGCCGGCUCUUCAUGUGCAACUUAAUUCAUCCUCCGGUAACUCUGUCAGUCCUUCUCCAGCGCCAGCAAUAAGUAGACCACUCAUAGAUUUCCUGGAACGCAAUCCUCGAGACCCAGCGCGCGAGAUCCAGUUCACAAAUGCAGGAGGAGAGAAAGAGGCCCAAUCGAUUAGGAGUAUUCCUGAAACCCCUGGAGGCACCCGUGUACCCGACCCAUUGAUGAACUAUACGCUUCGUCCUGAGGAUAUGAUCACACUCAAGAAAUUGGGUGAAGGCUCUGCAGGGACUGUGUGCAAAGUCAAGCAUGUACCCACAGGAUUCAUCAUGGCUCGCAAACAUGUUCGAUGUGACCCCAACCCUGACUUCCAGAGACUACUUCAGCGUGAGCUAAAAACACUGGAUCGGUGUCAUUCACCUUGGAUUGUUACAUUUUAUGGCGCAUACAUGGAGGAUGAUGAGUUAGCUAUCUGUAUGGAGUAUUGUGAGGGCGGAAGUAUGGAGGCCGUUUACAAGCGUGUUGCAGAAAAGGAGCAAACAAUAUCGGAAAGCAUUCUCGGCAAGAUCAGCGAGGCUGUUCUCAAUGGCUUGGUCUAUCUGCAUAAAAUGCACCAUGUUAUUCAUCGAGAUCUGAAGCCUUCAAACAUCGUGGUAACCAUGGAAGGCCGAAUUAAGCUUUGUGAUUUUGGCGUUAGCGGAGAUCUUGUCAACUCACUGGCGGAGACGUUUGUCGGGACAAGUUAUUACAUGGCGCCCGAGCGUAUUCAGGGUGGAAAGUAUCCUGUACAAUCGGACGUAUGGUCAUUAGGAUUGACUAUGGUCGAAAUUGCUCAGAUGAAAAAUCCUUUCCCUCAAAAUUUAGCCGCUUUUGAACUUCUGCAUUACAUUGUCAACCAACCUGUACCCUCUUUGCCCGAGGACGAGCCAUGGUCAGCAGAUUUUAGGGAUUUUUUGAAUCAAUGCUUCAUUAAGGAUUUCAUGAAACGACCGACCCCUGAGCAGAUCAUGAGCCAUCCAUUCAUUGACGAAUCAUCAAAACGCUCAGAUGAAGAGGUUAAUAUGAAAGCAUGGAUCCAAAGCGUUUGGGAUCUUGGAAGUCCGACGGCCCAGACACCCAAAGUCGUUUAGAUGUAAUUAUACAGACCUCAUUUCAUUUCAUCAGCUAGCAUAGAAUAAAUAUAUAUAAUAUAUAUAAGUUUAUCCCAUGAAGAAGCUGUGCCCAUUGC